UUCUCUUUAAAAAGAAGCUCAUAGUAAGCCAAUUUCUUGUGUUUCUUUUUCGUUUUUUCUCUGGCAAAGUUUCAUUUUUUAGAGCUGGAAGUGAAUAAAGAGAGUGAAAAUUGAUAACCCACUACCAGAAAGUUAAAGUUUAUUGUGAUUAUGCCCUUUUUUUUUUAACUUUUUUUUUGACAAUUUAGUCCUUUCUGCCUGAAAUUUUGGGUGUUAGAGAUUGAUUUCCUUUUUGCUUUAAAUAGAAAUCUUGUUUUUUUGAAAUUCAGUUUGGAUUACAAUAUGGGAAUUGACUCUUUUUGUUCUUGUUGAUCCAAUAAGAAAAAUAAAAUAAAAAAGACAAGAGAUAGGUAUUAUUACAUCCCACUGUCUCUUUUUUGUUCUUGAAAAUUCUGUAAUGGAAGCAACAGAGACUUAGAAUUUCAAGUUCUUGUUCUAACUCAAAUAAACCAGUGACUCAGUUCUGCUAAAGUUAUGCUAAGGAAUAGAUCUAGAGCAGUGACCAGCAAACAAGCUUUAAUGGCUGAUCACACCUCCCAAUCACCUUCUACUCAGAAUUGUCCGAAACCCAUAUCAUUUUUUGAUUCUCCGAGGUUCAAAGGUUUCACCUUCAAGUCAUGUCCUGAAACUGAACCAGCAAUUAGUCCCACUUCAAUUCUUGAACCAUUUUCUCCUUUCAAAAACCCUUUUUGCUACGACAAAAACCAACCCAAAUCCCCAAAAAAUCUCACUCAUUCAUGGGAUAAAGUGAACUCCAAAGGCAUUGGUAUUGCACUAAUUGAUGAUGAAAAAAACAAUCUCAAUUCUUUGUCUAAACCUAGUAACAAAAUGGUCUUGUUUGGGACAAAACUAAAAGUCCAAAUUCCACCACCUUCAAAUUACAUACUUACUGCAAUUGAAUCACCAAUUUCCCCUGGUGAUUUUGGUAUUAAGACCAAGAAUUCUCAAAUUUCAGGAUGUGGGUCUAGAAAUUCUGGCAGUCAAACAGAGGAUUCUUCUCCUAAAGUGUUCACAGGAUGUGUAUCCAUGAGUGAGUUAGAGCUGUCUGAGGAUUAUACAUGUGUAAUAUCAUAUGGUCCGAAUCCAAAAACCACCCAUAUAUUUGAGAAUUGUGUUUUAGAGAAUUAUGGUUCUUACUCGGAGACUACUACUCCGAGGAAUUUCCUCAGCUUCUGCCAUACAUGCAACAAGAAUCUUCAACAGAAAGUUGACAUUUUUAUUUACAGAGGUGAAAAGGCUUUUUGCAGUCAAGAAUGUCGGUACCAAGAAAUGGUGUUAGAUGAAAUAGAGAAUUGAGCAAUUUAGAGUGGAUUAUGAGAAAAAUUAGUAGCAUGAACACGGACGCUGAAAACGGCACACUUGGACACGGCGAAACAGUGUUAUUCUAAGGUUUAUUAUAUAAAAAAAUGAAGUUUUAUAUAAAAACGUCAAAGUGUCUGAAAUGUUUGCGAAGCAGAAUACGGUUAUUGAAUGAAGUGUUGUUAAUGUGGAUUUUGAUUUUGAUUUUUUGUUCUUGAUCCUCUCAGAUGCAGAUAGAGAUAAGAGAGGAUGAGAUAUUUGUAUAGUAGUGUUUGUUGAAGUGAUGACUAAAUUUUGAUAUAGCUUCUGCACUUUACCCUAA